UGCUCAGUGGAUGCAAGAAAAAAAACAUUUCGUGUAGCAAAUGUACUACUCAGGCUCUGUUUUGUUGUGAUUGGUAUCUUCAGAGGCUAACUCGUUAUAUUCAACACUGGAUGUACACAUAUAGUGACAGGUGUUUGAGGGGCGACUCUGAUUUAAUCUACCAAAAUGCCGAGCAACAAGACAGAGAAGGUUGAGAUCAGUGAUAAUGUCAAAGUGGUUGUGAGAUGUCGACCGUUAAAUCAAAAAGAAAAAACCAUGGGAUAUAAACAGGCAGUCAACGUUGAUGAAAUCCGGGGGACUAUCACCGUCCAUAAAGUUGAUUCAAUGAAUGAACCCCCAAAAACAUUCACCUUUGACACGGUUUUUGGUCCAGACAGCAAUCAGCUUGAUGUUUAUAAUUUAACAGCUAGGCCAAUCAUUGAUUCAGUUCUUGAAGGAUACAAUGGAACUAUUUUUGCUUAUGGACAGACUGGAACAGGAAAAACCUUUACCAUGGAGGGUGUACGAGCUGUACCAGAGCUCAGAGGAAUUAUACCAAAUUCCUUUGCUCAUGUAUUUGGUCAUAUUGCAAAAGCAGAAGGAGACACUAGAUUCUUGGUCAGAGUGUCCUACUUGGAAAUUUACAAUGAGGAGGUCCGAGACCUUUUGGGAAAAGAUCAAAUGCAACGAUUAGAGGUUAAGGAAAGACCUGAUGUUGGAGUUUAUAUCAAGGAUCUAUCUGGCUAUGUGGUAAACAAUGCAGAUGAUAUGGACAGGAUCAUGACAUUGGGACAUAAAAAUCGCUCUGUUGGUGCCACAAAUAUGAAUGAACACAGCUCGCGUUCUCAUGCAAUUUUCACAAUUACUAUUGAAUGUAGUGAGAAAGGAGUUGAUGGAAACCAACAUGUGAGAAUGGGCAAAUUACAUCUUGUGGACCUUGCUGGCUCAGAGCGACAAGGAAAAACUGGGGCUACAGGACAGAGGCUGAAAGAGGCCACAAAAAUAAACCUGUCACUCUCCACACUGGGAAAUGUAAUCUCUGCAUUGGUUGAUGGAAAAAGCACUCAUGUUCCUUACAGGAAUUCAAAACUUACCCGACUUCUCCAAGAUUCACUAGGAGGAAACUCAAAGACUAUGAUGUGUGCAAACAUUGGACCAGCAGACUACAACUAUGAUGAAACCAUUAGCACCUUGAGAUAUGCAAAUCGUGCUAAGAAUAUAAAGAAUAAAGCUAGGAUUAAUGAGGACCCCAAAGAUGCUCUUCUUCGCCAGUUCCAAAAAGAAAUAGAAGACCUGAAGAAAAAGUUGGAAGAAGGAGAAGAAAUUUCAGGGUCAGAUGGAAGUGGAUCCGACGAAGAUGAAGAUGAAGAAGGAGAAAGUGGAGAUGGAGAAAAGCGAAAGAAACGCAGAGGCAGUAGCAGCAGCAGUAGCUCAGAAUCUGCGUGUUCUGUUAUUGAGAAACCUCUGGAUAAAUCCCACACCAAUCAAACAGGUAAAAAGAAAGUAUCUCCUGACAAAAUGAUGGAGAUGCAAGCAAAAAUUGAGGAGGAACGAAGAGCUCUUGAAGCCAAACGUGAUAUGGAAGAGGAAGAAAGGAACAAAGCACGAGCAGAACUGGAAAAACGAGAAAAAGAUUUGCUCAAAGCUCAACAGGAGCAUCACGUACUUCUAGAGAAGCUUUCUGCUCUUGAAAAGAAAGUAAUUGUUGGAGGUGUUGACUUGUUGGCUAAAGCUGAAGAACAGGAGAAACUUCUGGAAGAAUCUAAUAAUGAGCUGGAGGAGCGACGAAAGAGGGCAGAGCAACUACGUAAAGAACUUGAAGAGAAAGAGCAAGAACGCUUGGAUAUUGAAGAGAAGUACACUAGUUUACAGGAAGAAGCUCAAGGAAAGACCAAGAAGCUGAAGAAAGUUUGGACUAUGUUGAUGGCAGCAAAAUCAGAAAUGGCAGAUUUACAGCAGGAACAUCAAAGAGAAAUAGAAGGGCUGUUGGAAAAUAUAAGACAGCUCAGUCGAGAGCUCCGGCUUCAGAUGUUAAUUAUUGACAGCUUUAUACCACAAGAGUACCAGGAAAUGAUAGAAAACUAUGUUCACUGGAAUGAAGACAUAGGAGAGUGGCAAUUAAAAUGUGUUGCAUACACUGGAAAUAAUAUGAGAAAACAAGCCCCGCUUGCAGACAAUAAAGAAAAGGAUCCAUUUGAGGUGGACCUGUCUCAUGUUUACUUGGCAUACACUGAAGAGAGUCUAAGACAGUCCUUAAUGAAGUUAGAAAGACCUAGAACUUCCAAAGGAGGAAAGUCACGGCCUAAAACAGGAAGACGAAAACGCUCAUCAAAACCAGAAGCUGUAAUUGAGUCCCUUCUGCAAUAGGAUCUCAUUAUCCUUCAAGUUAACUUGAAGAAAAUGUUUAUGUUGUGCUCAUUAAAGACAUUCAAGGGAAAUGAAUGCAAAGUGCAAUCUCUAACAGGUAUCCGUCUUCUCAUUACUACAGACAACAUAGUUUCAAGAACUAUGAUUAGCUAAAGGACGCCUGUGAUAGGCUGCUUCUAUUCGCAUAUCUGUAGCUAUUAACUUUAUAAAACCUGCUAGGCACACUUCAAAUAUCACAGUUUGAGAUGCCAGCUUCAUUUGUGCCCUGUAAAUUCUGUAAAAGAUAACAAAUAGAAUUGUCACUUACUGUUAACAAAGUAGAAAAUAUUUUUUUUUGUCAUUAGAAAAUAAUUUUUAAAUUAUAGGGACAUACAUGUAUGACCUGUAGUUUGACUUUUUGUCAAAUACCAAUCCAUCACAAUCAUAUAACCUAUAAUGUGCUUUGGCCCAUUUUACUGAGAACUGCCUGAUAUAAUAUUUUAGAUUGUUUAGGGAGUCACAAUGAUAUUAGUUGAGUCACUUACACACUACACUCCAUCUUGAUUGUUUUGGGAGUUUUAGAUUAACCCACUUGAAAACAUCUUAAACGUAUUUUUUUACACUACCACUGUUUUGUCUUCAUUAAGUAAAUAGUAUACAUUGAUUAUAAGCUUCUCAGUUCUUUUAAUUUUCAGAAUUUCUGUCUUAACUAAAUGUUCUUGUAGAUUUGUUUUUUUUUUUUUGUAGACUUAUAAAAUAUAUUGCUAUUGUAAAAUUGCAUUGUAAAUCAUUGUUGAACAGCCACUACAAUUACUGUAUUGUGUUGUAUUUAUUUUUAUUUAAACAAAUAAAAAAGGUAUUUCAUUUUGUC